CUAAGCAGUAACAAAUUGACGAAACAUACCCGAAAGGCCCGAAACUGAACCCGAAAUCCAAAUCCAGCAAGAAAAUUACCGCGCCCCGAAACACGCAAACUGAUUCGGGAAUUGGGAAUCCAAAAAUCAGGAAUCCAAAUCCGAGAAGUGUUCGGUUUCGGAGUUCAAAUCCGAAAGUGUUCUGUUUCGGCUCCGAAACAGUUCACUAUAAAUGCAGAGCCAAUCAAGCCACUCUGCAAAUUCUCACAGUAAAAUUUUCAAGUCUCUGAGAUAAUCUCGCCGUAACGUAAAAAAUCGCGUCAGAAAAUUUUCAAACUUUCAAAUUUCGCAUUGAUUAAUUACAGAAUUAAAACGUUAAAAUUGUUUGAUUGCUGCUUGUUCAAAUUCCCAAUCCCUCCGACUCCCUUUUUUUUUUUUUUUUUUCUAUCGAGAGCUUUUGUUAUGGAGUCGGCGGAGGCGAAGCGGAUAUCGGAGCCGGAGGAGGAGUUGGUGGUGAAGUGCUACUGCUGCGGUUUGACGGAGGAGUGCACGCCGGCGUACGUGGCGACCGUUAAGGAGAGGCACCAGGGUCGGUGGAUUUGCGGGCUCUGCGCUGAGGCGAUCAAGGACGAGAACUCGAGGUCGUCAAGGAAGAUCAGCACGGAGGAGGCGAUGAAGCGGCACGUCAGCUUCUACGAGGAGUUCCGGAUGUCGAGUCCUCCGGCCAAGCCGACGGAAGAUCUUAUAUCCGCGAUGAAGCAACUGUUGCGGCGGACUAAGGAUUCGCCGAGGAGGGAGAGGCUGGGUGACUGCCGGCCGGGGAUGGUGAGGUCAAAGAGCUGCUUUGCGACAGUGGGGAAGGCGCAGGGAGAUUGAUUCCUUAGAAGCAAGAUUAAUGGAGUUUAGGAGUUGACUGAGAAACUAAUAAUAAGGAUUAGGGAUGAGAUUAGUGGGAUUGGGUUAACUGAUACAGUAAGAUCUUUUUUUCACUUGAUUAAUUAGAUUUAAGUGGUUUUUGUUUGAUUAAUGUUUGUGGAUUAGGUCUGAUAAUUGACAGAAAUUGAGAUUAAGGACGGAGAGUUCCAAGUUUUCCAUUCAUAUUCGUUAACAUUAUCAAA